CCUUGACACAAAACCAAGAUGGCGGUGCAGGAGACAGCAUCUCAACUCUCCAUGGCUCUAAAAGUCCAAGAAUACCCUACGCUCAAGGUGCCCUACGAGACGCUGAACAAGCGCUUCCGAGCGGCCCAGAAGAACAUCGACAGGGAGACGAGUCACGUGACCAUGGUGGUGGCCGAGCUGGAGAAGACGCUCAGCAGCUUCCCCGUGGUGGACUCGGUGGUGUCCCUGCUGGAUGGCGUAGUGGAGAAGCUCAGCGCGCUGAAACGAAAGGCCGCUGAAUCCAUCCAGGCGGAGGACGAGAGCGCCAAGCUAUGCAAGCGGCGCAUCGAGCACCUGAAGGAGCACAGCAGCGACCAGCCGGCCUCGGUCAACCUGUGGAAGAAGAAGCGCAUGGACCGCAUGAUGGUGGAGCACCUGCUACGCUGCGGGUACUACAACACAGCCGUCAAGCUGGCUAGACAGAGCGGUAUCGAGGAUCUCGUUAACAUUGAGAUGUUCCUUACGGCGAAAGAGGUGGAAGAGUCCCUGGAAAGGCAGGAAACGGCCACCUGCUUAGCCUGGUGCCAUGACAACAAGUCCCGCCUUCGUAAGAUGAAGAGUUGUCUGGAGUUCAGUCUGAGAAUCCAGGAAUUUAUCGAGCUCAUCCGACAGAACAAAAGAAUGGACGCCGUCAGACAUGCAAGGAAACACUUCAGCCAAGCUGAAGGCGGGCAGUUGGACGAAGUCCGGCAGGUGAUGGGCAUGCUGGCCUUCCCCUCAGACACACACAUCUCCCCUUACAAGGAUCUGUUAGAUCCGGCCCGCUGGAAGAUGCUGAUCCAGCAGUUCCGUUACGACAACUACCGACUGCAUCAGCUGGGCAACAACUCCGUUUUCACCAUCACCCUGCAGGCCGGGCUGUCAGCCAUCAAGACGCCUCAGUGCUACAAGGAGGACGGCACCUCCAAGAACCCCGACUGCCCCGUGUGCAGCAAGUCCCUAAACAAGCUAGCGCAGCCUCUGCCCAUGGCCCACUGCGCCAACUCCAGACUCGUGUGCAAGAUCUCCGGUGAAGUCAUGAACGAGAACAACCCGCCCAUGAUGCUGCCCAACGGAUACGUGUACGGCUAUAACUCCCUGCUGUCUAUCCGCCAGGACGACAAAGUAGUUUGCCCCAGAACCAAAGAAGUCUUUAGCUUCUCUCAGGCUGAGAAGGUCUACAUCAUGUGAACAUGUGCUGUAACGACAACACACCACAAUAUAAACGCCAGAAGUCACCCCCCCCCCCCACACACACACACACAUCAUCAUCCUUGCCCCUCACAUCCUCCUUUCCGAUCAUUAGGCAAUUUCAUCUCACUGACACCAGGAUGCUUCCCUCAAGACUGGUGCCUGUAAAAUUACAUUGACAAACAACAUGUCUGCCAGGUAGCAAUGUAUGUGUUUUCCUGCUGGAGGGUUGAUUAUUUUACAUUUUAUGUUGCCUUUCAACCACCUGGUCCCCCCCCCCCCCCCCUUUCCCCAAUGGCUUUAAAAGCCGCAUCAAGACUGCUUUAGAGAUGUAUAUAGUAGUUAGGCUUUGUUCAUAGCGCCUGAUGACUCAUCAUCGUGGGGGCAGGGGAAAAACGACUGAAAAGGUAUUUUCUCUCUCCAUUGUCACUAAACCGCUUGUUAGUUUUCUAUGGUCUCAUACUAACUCUUGACGAGUGUCUUUGACGAUGAGGCUGGUCUUCUGUUUUUUUUUGUUUUUUUUUUGGCCUUGGGUGAGGUUUCAUUUAAUUCAUUUUCACCUCGAGGCUUAACUCAAUGGCACUUAUGUGAUAUUGCACAAAACUACAGGUUGUCCAUUUGUCUCUUUACAAUGUACCAAAUGUGUUACAAAUAGCAAAUGAAUAGACACGAGUAAAAUAUUACAACAUUAAAAAAAAAAAUUCAUACACCUAUAUAUGGGCACCGUUUGUUUCCAAAUUGUAAAGUGGGUAGUAAAUUGUAAAGACACUUAGUGGACACCCUGUAUUAUGGUCAAAAGCUCGCCAUCUCAUUCACCCUUGGUGUGUUGACAGGCCCGUUCUUCCACAGCACACUUAUACGGGACCUUGCCUUGUGUACUGGGAAGUAUACAAGUGUCCCAACAUAUCUUGAACAAAGGACUCCUGGUCCAACCUGAAUGACUGAUUUAAGCAAUAGUUCAGGUGUCCCAACACUUUUGUCCAUAGAAUGUUUUUUUUUUUUGUGUGUCAUUUUUGAAUGAAAAAGGACCAUGUGAACAAAUUAAUUUCUUCCCCCCCUCGUAAUUUAGACCGAUGAUGAAUGUAAGCACAAAAUCCAGCAUGAAAUUUAAAUAAUUUUGAAAUCCCCACCACAUAAACCUAAGCCAUACUUUUAAUUUUAAGUCUUCUGGCAAACGAAAGGUUGCUGCUUUUGUGCCCCGUUUCAUGACUCUGGACCGUCGUCGUCUUGUGUGUUUCAGUUCUUAGACCUAGCUGAAGAUGAUUGUUUCAUCGAUAUGCCUCAUAAAGAUUUUACCAGACA